UCCGGGCGGGAGGGGGGUCUCGUGGCCUCCUCACUUCUUGUGUUUUGUUUCCGUUUCUGCUCCGCGCGGCGCGAGUCUCAUUUCCGUUUCGAGUUCAAACAACAAGGAGGCGCAGCCGCGGGUGACGGAGGAAGGCCUGGACCGGGGGAAGGGUUUCCCCCCACCUUGGCGCCUCUUCGUCUUCGCAAGCUUUUGCCUUUUUACUCCCCUCGAAUCAUGGGGCGGGAAGGAUCUCUGCGUCCUCUUCGUCUCCUCUUUUGGACAGUGGAAAAAGAGGCCUCGGGAGUCCCGUCGAUAGCCAAGCCCCUUUGGCAGGAGCCUUUUUUUUCUCCACGCAGGGAUAGGUUGAUAUACAUAUGUAUAUAUAUUUUGACAACGUUGUGUUCCGGAGAGGGUAUCUUACAACAGAUUUCAAAAUUAAUUCGGCAGCCUCUUGCCCUCCCUCAAUUUUAAACACGUUCUUGCCAUCUCCGUGUUUGAAACGCUCCACAUCAUGGUAGUCGUCAGUACGGUUUUCUUUCGCCGUUUUCUUAGUCUUGACUUGUCGGCUUAUUUUCAACUUCUAUAGCAGUAGAUUUCUGUCAAAAUCGAUGUAUAAUUAUUUCAGUGAGGAACAAGGGGCGUCUGGUGGAUAGCCAUAGUUGGUAGCAAAAGUUACGUUGUAAGCUAUCUCUUGAAAUAUUUCAACCAUGACUAAAAGAGAAGCAGAAGAACUAAUAGAAAUAGAAAUAGAUGGAACCGAAAAACAAGAAUGCACUGAAGAAAGCAUUGUUGAACAGACUUACACUGCUGCAGAAUUUGUAAGUCAGGCUAUUGAUAUCAAUGAACCAGUUGGAAACCUAAAGAAACUACUGGAACCAAGACUUCAAUGUUCCUUAGAAGCCCAUGAAAUCUGUCUGCAAGAUAUACAGCUGGAUCCAGACCGUAGUCUGUUUGAUCAAGGUGUCAAAACAGAUGGAACUGUGCAGCUUAGUGUCCAAGUAAUAUCGAGGCAAGGAAUGGACCCAAAGUUAAAUAUCCUUGAAAUUGUAAAACCGGUUGAAACAGUUGAGGUAGUGAUUGAUCCAGAUGCCCAUCAUACUGAAACUGAAGCACACCUUGUUGAAGAAACUCAAGUAAUAACAUUAGAUGGAACUAAACAUAUUACCACCAUAUCUGAUGAAACAUCAGAACAAGUAACUCGAUGGGCUGCAGCAUUAGAAGGGUACCGUAAAGAACAAGAACGCUUAGGAAUACCCUAUGAUCCAGUUCAGUGGUCAACGGAUCAGGUACUGCAUUGGGUUGUAUGGGUAAUGAAGGAAUUCAGCAUGACUGACAUCGACCUCAAUACUCUUAGUAUUCCUGGAAGAGAACUGUGUAGCCUCAGCCAAGAAGAUUUCUUCCAAAGAGUCCCUCGGGGAGAAAUUCUAUGGAGCCAUCUGGAACUUCUUCGAAAAUAUGUACUAGCUAGCCAGGAACACUCUGGAGAAAUAGCAACAGUUACUAUUGAUCAACCUGUGCAAAUUAUUCCAGCUUCAGUUCAGCCUUCUACUCCAACCACCAUUAAAGUAAUUAAUAGUGCAAAGGCCACAAAAGUACAAAGAGCUCCAAGGAUUUCAGGGGAAGAUAGAAGUUCACCGGGUAACAGAACAGGAAACAAUGGUCAGAUCCAGUUAUGGCAAUUCUUGCUUGAGCUUCUGACUGAUAAAGAUGCCCGAGAUUGCAUUUCAUGGGUUGGUGACGAAGGAGAGUUUAAACUAAAUCAACCAGAACUAGUUGCCCAAAAGUGGGGACAACGUAAAAAUAAGCCUACAAUGAAUUAUGAAAAACUCAGCCGUGCUUUACGGUAUUACUAUGAUGGUGAUAUGAUCUGCAAAGUACAAGGCAAAAGGUUUGUAUACAAGUUUGUGUGUGACUUGAAGACUCUCAUUGGGUACAGUGCAGCUGAACUGAAUCGGUUGGUGACGGAAUGUGAACAAAAGAAACUGGCAAAGAUGCAACUGCAUGGGAUUACACAACCAGUCACCGCAGUUGCAUUGGCUACAGCAUCUCUGCAAACAGAAAAAGAGAACUGAGGACUAGGACCUAAAAGCUUGACAACAUUCUUUUACACUUAGCAGUUUCUGGUUUAAAAUUAGAACUGCAUCUAUUAAUUGGCAAUUCAAUAUGAUGCAUGAAUUUCUACAAGCAACACUCAUAAAUUAGGGUCUUUUUGACUUAAAGAUGUGUUUCAUGAAUGUUAAGGGCAUUCCAGAGGUUCUAUAAUAUGAAGAUGUACAGGUUGUAGCAAAGAGUUUGGGAAUUAUAAGGAAAUUGAAGAUCUGUUGGUAUUAUGUUGUGCUACAUUGCUUAUUUUUUUCAGCUUAAAGUGAAGCAUUCACAUAUAGAACAGGUUUUUUUAAAGAAUUUGGUCUCUGCACUUCUUCAGAUGCUAUAUUAAUAUUUCUAAAAUUAGAACAGUUUCUAUUAGCUAUCUUUAUAACUUUAAGCACGACAGGCUGUAAGAAAAACAUUGAUAUAAAAGUGAUUUCUUUGCCCCAUUGCAAGAAAAAAAGUUACUGCUGAAAACAGAAAUCCAGAUGUAACGCCAAUAAGCCAAUUAUGAGUAUUUUGAUAUCUGUAGAUAAAUAUGUGUGUUUGAGGGGGAAAUGCUUAACUAUCUUGAGAAACUUUGUUAAGCUUAGUGUUUGGCACCAAAAGGAUUUCCAGAUUUUUAGUGUAGGAAUUAAAAACUUGAAAUUUGUCUCUCAUCCAAAGAAAAAAAAUUGCUUUGUUUAAUCUACACUGCAGAGUAUAUCAGCUGUUUCUGCUUUUAUACUUGCACUGUAAUUGUUUUUCAACUGAAGACUUAAGUUAAUCACAGAAAGAAACCCCUUGUUGAGUAACAGAAUUAAAGAAUGGAUUGAUUUCCCUAAGUUAUAUAAGUGGCUGUGUUAAAAAUAAAAUAAAAAAAUACUUUCUUUAAAUUACUUGGUUUCCAAGCUUUGUUUUAAUGCUUUGGAAAUUAAAAAAUAUUGAAAAAAUAAUAGUCCUGUAAAUUUAAAAUAUUUUUAAAAAUUAUACCCUGUUGAAAUCCAGAAAUGCUGAUAAUAGUGCACUGUUUGCACCUGUGUUUUACUUUUUUUUUUUACUUAUAAAAUCUGGGAAACACUUUCAUGGGUAUAUUUAUUACUCUUGGUUUGUUUGGUAUAAAUAUUAUGAAUUAAGGCCAUUAAAAGUUAUGGUUCACUUAAUCAAAAAUGUAGCCAAGUUGAAUAUCCUUUAUCAACAAUUCACUUAAUUGAAUAUCAUACUUCCAUAAGAAGCAAUGAUCAUACAAUAUGGCUUAGUUCUAUGGACUCUAGUCUUAGAGAUGCUGUUACUUUAACAGCUAAGGUAUACUUCAUGGUUUUAUUUACUCAUUUUCAAGUUACUGAAAAAUAUAUACAGGAAUAUAUUGUAGUGUUUAAGGAUCAUUUUCGGCAAAGAAAGCAUAUAAUCUUGUGGCCAGUCACUCUGAUGUGUAGUGAAUACAAAAUAGUUUAAAUUCUAUUAAUAUUUUGGUUUUUUUCAUUUUCUUUCACAAUCUGUACAAUAAUUUAAAGAAUUAUUCAUUUGAAAUAUCAAGAAUUCAUACUUUGUUUUAAUAAGAACAAAAAAUGACUCUGUGCCAAUAUAAACUUUAGAAUUGUUAUUGCAUAACAAGCAACUCAGAUUACUCAUUCAUAUUUAUAAAUCUGUCCAUUUUGAGUCAAAUUACUCUGAUCACAAGUUAAUACUAUUAUAUUCUCUCAGCUAUGCAUAUUCUAAGCCAUAGUAAGGAAAAUGGCACAUGGCCUCUCUUUUAUAUACAUUUUUCCAGAAUUUUAAAUUUUCAUUGUAUUUCUUUUAGAAGUUUGCUGCACUUGUUACAUUUGUUCCAGUUUAUAGUGCUGAUGUAUGUUAAGCCUUGCUUAUAACAGAACCACAGAAAUGAUAAAAUAAGCUAGAAAUAUUUUGUUGUAUUUCUUGUGAGGGACAAUCUGUGACUAAUUUGAGGUCUUCAGUACUAGGAUAUGGAAUAUUAUAUGUGAAAUUGCAUUGUGUGGCUGUCAGAAGAAUAAUAUAGCUCGUAUAUUCCCAAAUUUUUGUAAAAUAGAGGGUUUGCAUACAUUUUUACUCUUCAAGGACAUGUGCUCUAAAAUUAUGUAUUUCCUUUUGUGUUGAAUGUUUUGGUAAUUUUACAUGAAACAAUUAUUUUCUAUUUUUACGCUAAAAUAUUUGUGCAUAAAAUUGUCAAUAUAGUAAAAGUAAAAAAAUAAAAUUUUACACAGC